AACGAAGAAGUAGAAGGAGAAGGGCACACCCACUUGAGGGCUAUUCUGUGCAUGCUGAAGAGUGCGCUACGCUACCUCGUAGGAUAACCCACGAUUGUUUACUAUUCACAGCAAGUACAACAGUUGUAUAGAGUCUAAAUGUGUAAUCUGCGUGAAGACGGGUCGUUGAUGUGCCUGUUUUUGCUGUCUGCAAACAAAGCAUGCCCUGUUUAGACAGUAACGCUGAAACGCCGGUCACGUGACCUCGCCAGGAAGUACAGCACUACGUCUUUAUUGUGUAGUAUGUGAUUUUCUAACUGAAAAUAUGUCAAACGUAAGGAUGAACUUUGUGUGGACAGACGAUGAAGUUGAGUUGUUAUUGAACGUAACCCUGGAUUUCAAGACUAGCAAGGCAGCUCAGGGAGUUGAUUUUGAAUUAGUCCAUACAAAGUAUGGCGACAUAAUGGACCUGUUUUUGGAGAACUAUCCCUCACCCGAGGACGCCAGUGCAAGUGGGAAAGAAUUUCCACACCAGACGAAGGAGAUAACAAAAGGAAUACUGACGGCUAAGGUGAAGGCCAUUCGUAAUAAGUUCAAGCAUGCCGUGGCGGCUGGACGGAGGACUGGGUAUGGACGAGCAGUCCAACUCUUUUACGGCCUCUGCAAGACCAUUUGGGGAGGAGGAGAAGGAGGAGGAGAAUCGGGUGCUGCACCUGGCACCUGCUCUCCUCUUCCUGGAGGGAUAGAGAUGUUAGAUCAGCGCGCAGACCUCUAUGGAAGAGUGGAGGUGGCAUCCGGCUCUGCUAGCAGUGAGGAUGAAGGGCGCAGCCAGGUGCCGAGUGCCCUCAGGGCAGGACAGGUGUGGACAGACGAUGAAGUUGAGUUGCUACUGAACGUAACCCUGGAUUAUAAGACAAGCAUGGCGGCUGAGAAGGUAGAAUGGGAAACUGUCCAUACAAAGUAUGCCGACAUAACAGACUUGUUUUUUGAGAACUAUCCCUCACCCGAGGACGCCAGUGCAAGUGGGAAAGAGUUUCCACACACGACCGAGGAGAUAACAAAAGCUCAAGUGAUGUCUAAAGUGAAGUCCAUCCGGCAUAAGUUCAGGCUUGCCAUGGCGACCGGGCGGAAGAGAGGGUGUGGCCGAGUGAUCCUCCUCUUUUAUGACCUCUGCAAGGCCAUUUGGGGCGGAGGAGAAGGAGGAGGAGAAUCGGGUGCUGCACCUCAUUCCUGCUCUCCUCUUCCGGGAGGGAUGAAGACGUCAGAUCAACGUGCAGAACUCCGUGGAAGAGUGGAGAAGGCAGAUCGCCAGAAGGCAGAUGUCAGUGCGGAGCUGAUGUCUCCCAUUGCGUCCGACUCUGCUGACAGUGAGGAUGAAGGACGAAGCCAGGUGCCUGGCAACUCCAAGAAAUCCUUGGUGUGGACAGACGAUGAAGUUGAGCUGUUACUGAACGUAACCCUGGAUUAUAAGAAAAGCAUGGCGGCUCACGACGUAGAAUGGGAAUCUGUCCAAAGAAGGUAUGAGGACAUAACGGACCUGUUUUUGAAGAAGUAUCCCUCACCUGAGGACGCCAGUGCAAGUAGGAAAGACUUUCCACACGCGAUGGACGAGAUAACAAAAGGUCACGUGUCGUCUAAGGUGAAGGCCAUUCGUAAUAAGUUCAGGCUUGCCAUGGCGUCUGGGCGGAAGACGAGGUAUGGGCGAGCAGUCCUCGUCUUUUAUGACCUCUGCGACGACAUUUGGGGGGUAGGAGGAAGAAAAUUGAGUGCUGCACCUGUCACCUGCUCUCCUCUUCCUGGAGGGAUAGAGACAUCAGAUCUACGCGCAGACCUCCAUGGAAGAAUGGAGAAGGCAGAUCGCCCGGCAGCAGAAUCAGAUGUCCGUGUGGAGGAGCUGAAAUCUCCCAUGCCGUCCGACUCUGCUGUCAGUGAGGAUGAUGAAGGGCGCAGUCAGGUGCCGAGCGCCCCCAGCAUCACGAGACUUCGGCAUCGACACAUCGACACAACACAUCGAGGCAUCACAUCGACAGCGCCCCGGCUGUCUCACAGUCACAGGCCAGGCCAUGUGAGGAAAAAGCCCUUGUUACCGAUGGGCAUUGCCCAGGAGGAGCUGGAGCUGAAGCGGCGCAUGUUCAAGCACCUGGAGGUCACCGACCGCCAGUUCCUCAGCACCAUGAACCGCUUGACCGCGUCUGUGGAGCGGAUCAGCUCUGACUUCCGCAUGCUGGUGCGGCACAUGAUGGGCAGUUCCAGCCACGGGAGGCCCCAGUCACCGCACCGGCACAAUGGCCUCAGAGAUAACUUCCAAAAUGACACCCAUGAUGAUCUCCAGAAUGCUGCACCGGCGGUCGUUGCCCCACUAUUCGGGUUCACUCACAGGGUCGAAGAGGCUGAAGGGAAUGGGAAAAGACAUCCCAGACAGCAUGCAAGGCAGGAGGAAGAACCUUCUACCUCAGACACUGAAUGGGUCCCGCCAAGGCUGCUGAGGACCAAACCAAAGGACUAUCAACAAAACGACAGAAGGCUAAAGAGGAAGGGCAGUUCCACCACCUCGCCUCCACAGCAGCAGCAGCCGACCCCAAGACAGGAAGAGGCCCCUCCUACCUCAGACAGUCAGGUGGAUGUCGACCAGGUUCUGCUCCGGCUGAGGACGGCACGGAAGGAGGUGCCAGAAAAGAUAUUUGCUGUGAGGUUAGGCGGAAAGGGAGGGGAUGAGAUGGCUGUUUCGGCAGAUGCUCCAGAACCACCAGCAAAGCUCCUCAAACAGGAGCUGGACAACACAGACCAAGGGGAAGAGCUGUAACAAGAGCCAGGGGGAUGUAAUACGCUUCAGAGAUACACUUAGCUAAGUUCACCUACAGAAAGUGGUAAACCUGAUAACAGAUAACCUUCAGACAUCAUUUCAUUUUAAAAAAUGAAGACUUAAGGCUCUUCUAUUUGAUGAUUUACUACCUCUGCCUUUAACUGAACCGGGGUUACUACUGAACUACUACUUGGAAUGCCCUCCAGGUCAUUACACUGCAUUUUGGAUCUCUGGAUCCUGUUCAUCAUUUGACUUUCCCAUAGUGGGAAGAAAGUUAUUUUUUAUUACUGAUGGGGAUCAACCAUUUUUAUUGUGCAGAAAAAAUGUAAAACAUGAAAAAAAAGUGUACAGGAAGGAAUGUGGUAUUGUAUUUUUUGAGUUCUUAAUAAAUACCAGUCCUUAGCAUACACAUAAGCUGCUAAGAACUCUUACUAUCCCGUUCACUGUCUUAUUCUAGGAGUUAUUCCAAGUAGCCGAUUUAACCAACAAUUUUGUACCCCACAACUUCAUUGUUGAAAGCUGCAUGUACACAAUUGCAGUUUCCUUUCAAUCAUGUACAAACAUUUCUAUUGAGUUAAAGUUAGUCUGAAUGCUUAAAAAAAAACAA